AUGUUGCUUUCAUUCCCUCAUCUUGUGUCUCAGAACCUGAAUGGCAAAUAUACUUUUAAUAGUACCAUCCAAGACAAAUUGUAUAGGCCAGGAGGAGCCAUCAUUGGUGGCGUCUUUUCUCUAAUACAUCCUGCAGCUGUACUAAACAAUUUUGCCAAAAUUCCAACUAGGAGACAGGCAGUUUAUAGUGCAGUUCUUAAAAAUGUUCAACAUGUCUUCUCCUUGAUGUUUGCCAUCCAUGAGAUCAAUAAGAACCCCAAGCUCUUACCCAAUCUCUCUCUGGGCUUCCAAGCCUAUGACAACCUAUUUGAGUCAUGCAGCACAUAUGAGACUAUGCUGGAUCUAUUAUUCACACAGCAAAUGAGUGCCCCUAAUUACAAGUGUGAUGUGGCAAAAGAUGUGUUGUUUGUCAUUGGGGGUCUCUCAGUAGAAAACUCCAUGCAGAUGGCCACCAUCUUGAACCCCUACACAAUACCUCAGCUCCAUUCUACCCUAAGAAACAUCAACUUUAACAACGGUAUUGGGCAUGAAAUCCAGCUGGUGAAUGGGGAAUUUUCAGCUGGGUAUGAGAUCAUCAACUGGGUCAUUUUUCCCAAUGAAUCUUUCAACAAAGUCCACAUUGGAGAGAUUUCAUCAACAAAAGAGUUCUCUCUCAGGGACAAUGCCAUUGUGUGGAAUAGUAAAUUUAAAGAGACAAUUCCCCAGUCUAUGUGUGUCCCACCUUGCCAGCUUGGGUGCAGAAAGGCAGUUCAGGAGGGAAAACCAAUUUGUUGCUAUGGCUGUACUCAGUGCCCAGAAGACAUGAUUUCAAACCAGACGGAUGCAGAUGAUUGUGCUCAAUGCCCUGAAGAUCAAUAUUCAAACAAGAACAAAGAUCAAUGUAUUCCCAAGGUUAUAACUUUCCUAUCUUACCAAGAGGAUUUGGGGAUAAUUUUAGUUUCACUCAUUAUUUUCUUUAUUGUGAUUACAUGUUUGGUGAUACAAACCUUUCUAAAGAACUGGGAUACUUCCCUUGUCAAAGCCAACAACCGCAAUCUCACCUGCAUUCUUCUCCUCUCCAUCCUGCUGUGCUAUUUUUCUUCCUUGCUCUUCAUAGGCAAACCUGGGGAUGUGAACUGUCUUCUCCGGCAAACAGCUUUUGGCAUCAUUUUCUCCAUUGCUAUUUCUUGUGUGUUGGCAAAAACUAUCAUCGUCAUCCUGGCCUUCCUGGCCACAAAGCCAGGCAACAGGAUGAGGAAAUGGCUGGGGCAAAAAGUGGCCAAUUCCAUUGUUCUUUCCUGUUCCCUCAUCCAAAUGUGCCUUUGCAUUGCAUGGCUGCUAACUUCACCCCCAUUCCCAGAUGUUGACAUGCACUCACAGACUGGGCAGAUCAUAGUGGAGUGCAAUGAAGGUUCCAUCGCCAUGUUCUACUGUGUCCUCAGCUACAUUGGGUGUCUGGCCCUCAUCAGCUUCACUGUGGCUUUCCUAGCCAGAAAACUGCCUGACACUUUCAACGAAGCUAAGCUGAUUACCUUUAGCAUGCUGAUAUUUUGCAGUGUUUGGGUCCCCUUUAUUCCAGGUUACCUGAGCGCCAAGGGGAAAUACAUAGUUGCUGUGGAGGUUUUUGCCAUCUUGGCCUCCAACACUGGCCUCUUGGCUUGUAUCUUUCUCCCAAAAUGUUACAUUAUCGUUCUAAGAGAUGACUUGAAUUCUAGGAAGUUGUUGAUAAAUAAAAGGAAUUAUUAA